AUGAGCACACUCAGAUAUUGCUGCUUUGCUGUCCUGAUUCUCAGUGUUUCACUCCAUUUUUCCUAUGCUGUUAAUUUCCAGGCACAAAAAUCUCUUCAGAGGCUGCUUGUGAGUUCAACUUUGGCAGAAGCCUGUAGAGCACUCAUUCAAGAUAAGGUGUCCUUUCUGAAAGAAAACACUUCAAAAAUAUAAUCCAGAGAAUCCAGUUGCAUGGAGUAUAUCACACAGAGACACUACAUCACCUGCACCCUGUCAGCCAAGUAAGCUGCAUUCCCAAUUGCUUACAUCAUGACUCUGUAUAAGGACUUUGAAACCUCUGAGCAGCUCUUGAGGGCAGUGUACUUGCCCUAAAGCAUUCACUGCAUCCUCAUUAAUGCCAAGGCCUUGGCCUUUUUCCAUCAGGCAGUGUGGCACCUUCUGAGAUUCCCCAAUGCCUUCCUUGCUUCUCAGGCUGAGCUGGUGGUCUACAGUGGUGCAUCCUACCUGCAGGCUGACCUCCACUGCAUGAGAGACCUGCUGGCCUCAGCUGUGUCCUGGCACUACCUGUUCAACACUUGCGGCCAGGACUUCCCCUUGAAUCACAGAAAACAUCUGGGAUGCUGUGUAGAGAGACUGUGGGAGAUUGUCCAGUUACCGAAAGGCCUUGUGGGGAAGAAUAUCACCCCUGGGGUGCUGCCACCCACUCCUGUCACUGCCUUCAGUGACAGCUCUGACAAACCUCCUUCUGAACAUAUCAGAUGA